AUGGAUCAUCAGAAGGCCAAGAAACAGCUCAAAGCCAUGGAAGAGAAGCUUAAGGAGACAGAAUGCAAGCUUGUGGAGUUUUCUGCUGUUGAGGAUGAUCGUGUUCAACAGCUUCGCCAAAUUUCUCAAGAGGGUGAUAAGGUAUGGCAAUCUGAGCUUGAAGUCCUCCAGGAAGAGCAUUCAAAUGACUCUGCAGCUCUUGGGUCUUCCAUGAAUGAGAUUCAAAGGCUUAAACAGCAGCUAGAUAAAUCUAAAACAUCCCAUGUGGAGGAUUUCGAGAAUUAUGAAAUAGAAAGAGUGAAGCCUCUAUUUGAAGUUAAGUCUGUUGCAUCACAAUCUGAAUUGAAACAAUUGGGGGCUGCACUUGAAGCAACUGAGGCUAAGCUUCAAGAGGAACAAAUUCAAACAACUAUGAAGAUGCCAGAUAGGGUGGAGAUGGUUAUUGAAAGGCUUAAUGCAGAUGGUAGAGACUUGGUUUCAGAAAGUGGAAUAGAAAAUGUCUUUGUGAUAACAAAGAAAGUUGACCUUCACACAGUAAGAGGAGACCUCAAACACCACUUCCUCCUUGCCCAAGCAAGAUAG